AUGCUGGGCAAGUUCGUGACACCAAAGUGCGUCCCAGGCGAUGCAGCGUCCGUGGAGAGGAAACUUCACCUACACCUUAACAAGGUGCGGGAAUCAACACGGGGAGUCGCAGUCACCGAUGAAGCUGAAGACGGUACCCCAGCGCUAAGGAAAACCUCUAUUAUAGAUAGGGAGUUGCUACGGCUUAGAGUUGAUAUAGCUGCGUUACAAGAGACCCGUCUUGCCGAUGAGGGCAGUCUUCGUGAGAAUAAUUAUACCUUUUUCUGGAAAGGGAAGGACACCGGCGAGAGACGUGAACAUGGCGUUGGAUUUGCUGUCAAGAACUCUCUUCUUAGCUGCAUUGACCCUCCUACUGGUGUUUCGGAACGAAUAAUGGUAUUAAAAUUGCAGUCCACUUCUGGUUCUGUCACUGUUGUAUCCGCUUAUGCACCAACUUUGAAGACCGAACCUGAAAUCAAGGAUAACUUCUAUGAGGCUUUACGCUGCUGCCUCGAUAAUGUCCGCACUUCUGACAAGCUUUUAUUACUGGGUGACUUUAAUGCCAGAAUUGGAAACAACGCUGUUGACUGGCCAGAAUGUAUGGGUCAUCAGGGAGUUGGACAUCUAAACGAUAACGGGCAACGAUUAUUGGAGUUAUGUGCAUCUCACUCUCUGUGUAUUACUAACACCUACUUUAAGAAUAAACUUAUCCAUAAAGUGUCUUGGAAACACCCGCGCUCAGGACAUUGGCACCAACUUGAUCAUAUAAUUACUCGUAGGAGGGACUUGUGUGACAUCUUGAACUCUCGCACAUACCAUAGUGCAAUCUGCGAUACGGAUCAUUCCAUGGUCAUGGCUAAGACUCGUCUUUUGCCUAAGAAAAUUCAUUCAGCCAAGACGAAUUGCCGCAAGUUAUACCUCAACACAAGGGCUAUGCUGGAUAAGGAUUUGUGUGCCCAAUUUUCGGUAGAAGUCCAGGAUAAAGUAAGUACGGAUACCAUUGAUGACUCUGCGUCUGCAGAAGAAGCUUGGUUGUCGAUAAAGAAUGUGAUAACUGAUGCCGCUUUACGAGUGUUUGGCAAAAAAGGCAAGGACGAUGUGGAUUGGUUUUCUGAGAAUGAAAGCGUCUUGCGUCCACUUAUUGAAAAGAAAAGAGCUUCUCAUAUUUGUCUUUUGAAUGAUCCAGAAAACCAUGUAAAACAAACAGCAUAUAAGUCAGCAAAAUCUGAACUGCAACGCAUCAGUCGCCACUGUGCAAAUGUGUUCUGGGUCAGCCUCUGCGAAAGAAUUCAGCACUGUCGGGAUAUUGGAGACUUCAGAGGGAUGUAUCAGGGCAUAAAAUGUGCCACAGGGCCAACGUGUAGGAAACGUGCUGCCAUAAAGGACAGCGAAGGACAUCCUAUCACCAAUAGAGAGGACGGGAAGCUGUUUAAUAUCAGUCUACUGAAAUCCAAAAAGAAUCGUCUGGAAAUACUUACCCGUGAGCUCCUGUACGCUGAUGAUGCUGCACUUGUCGCUAACAGUGAGGAAGAUCUGCAGGAACUUGUUACAAGGUUCGAACAAGCUUGUCGUCAGUUUUCAAUGAGCGUAAACACAAAGAAAACCGUUGUCAUGGCGCAAGGUGUUGUUCGCCCUCCAUCCAUAACGCUCAACAACUCUGCUCUUCAAGUCGUGGACCUAUUUUGCUACCUCGGCUCUACUACAACGUCGGCGUUAUCAAAUGACAAGGAACUGGAGACUCGUAUUGGCAGAGCAUCCACGACAUUUGGAAAGCUUUACUCACGCGUAUGGAGAAACGAAAAGCUGUCUAUUAACACCAAAGUCCUUGUGUAUCAGACCUGUGUUUUAAGUGUUCUUCUAUACGCAUCGGAGACCCUUACAACAUAUGCCAAACAUGAGCGGAAACUAAAUGCUUUCCAUAUGCGUUGCCUCAGAUCUAUAUUGGGAGUCACUUGGAGGGACCAUAUGAGCAAUCAAACUGUGCUAUCUAAAACGCAUUGUUCCUCUAUAACAGCGAUCCUAAAGCAAAGAAGGCUCACCUGGCUUGGCCAUGUACAUAGAAUGGACGCUUCCAGACUCCCACGUCAAGUCAUGUUGGGCCAAAUCGCAAACGCUAGGAGGCCGGUUGGACGCCCUAAGCUAAGAUUCAAGGACUGCUGCAAGAGGGACUUGAUCUGCUUCGAUAUUCAUCCUCACAAUUGGGAAUCUCAGGCUGAAAUGAGACCAGAGUGGCGUCGAGAUCUCAAAACGGGUGUAGACAAGCAUGACAAGGACUGGUUAGAGAACCUUAGGCAGAAAAGACUCCGCGCUGCUAGACCUCCUCCCUUGGACUCUCGUCAUGUUUGUGAUUGCUGUGGCAGAAGAUGCCGCUCUGGUAUUGGACUCUUCAGUCAUCGCAGACGUUGCAAUCAACCUCCCCGCAACACCUGA